CAAUUCGCAUUCACAAUGGCUUCAGCUGAUGAAAAGCAACCCGUCAUCAUUGUCGGCGCUGGUCUCGCCGGUCUCGUCGCGGCCUUUGAGCUGUCGGAGCGCAAAGUCCCCGUCCUUCUCAUCGACCAGGAAAAUGAGCACAACCUUGGCGGACAGGCAUUCUGGUCCCUCGGCGGCAUCUUUGUGGUUGAUUCGACCGAGCAGCGCAGGAUGGGAAUCAAGGACUCGAGGGAAUUGGCGAUGCGUGACUGGAUGGGAUCUGCUCGCUUCGAUAGGGAAAAGGACGAUCACUGGCCGCGGCAGUGGGCCAAGGCGUUUGUCGACUUUGCGACCGACGAGAUGGAGAAUUACGUCAAGGAUCGAGGACUCGGCUUUUUGGUCAACGUUGGUUGGGCUGAGCGAGGUGAUGGAACAGCAAACGGACAUGGAAAUUCAGUUCCCAGAUUCCACAUCACAUGGGGAACAGGCCCAGAGGUUGUGAGAGUCUUUGCGGAGCCAGUCAAGAAGGCGGCAGAGAAGGGCAUUGUCAGCUUCAAGUUCAGACACGCCGUUGAUGAGCUGAUCGUUGACGAAUCUGGACGAGCCGUCGGAGUCAGAGGCCGAAUCCUGGAGGAUGACGACUCUCCUCGCGGCAUCAAGUCCUCUCGAGUUGAAAAGGACAAGUUUGAAAUUCGUGGUUCAGCCGUCAUCGUUUCCUCAGGCGGCAUUGGAGGAAACGUCGAAGCCGUCAAGGCAGCUUGGCCUGUCGACAGACUCGGCCCCAAAGUCCCAGAGAACUUUGUCGUCGGCGUUCCCGCGCAUGUCGAUGGACGCAUGAUUGGCAUUGCAGAGGAAGCUGGUGCCCAUGUCAUCAACCGCGAUCGGAUGUGGCAUUACACAGAAGGACUUCAGAAUUGGAAUCCCAUCUGGCCGAAUCAUGGUAUUCGAGUCCUCCCUGCGCCGUCUUCUCUCUGGCUCGACGCAACGGGCAAACGGUUGCCGCCGUUUCUCUACCCCGGCUCGGAUACUCUGGCGACUCUCAAGUACAUCUGCAGCACUGGGUACGAUUAUACAUGGUUCAUCCUCGAUCAAAGCAUCAUUGCGCGGGAAUUCGCCCUUUCCGGUUCAGAGCAGAACCCCGACAUCACGGGGAAGAGUCUCUGGCUGCUUCUCACACGAGUCUUUGGAAAGAAGGGCACCGUUCCUGUUCAGAACUUUCAGAAACAUGGCGCAGACUUUGUCGUCCGUGAAAACCUCGAGGAUCUUGUCGCCGGCAUGAACGAGCUAGCAAAGGCGCGUAACGGCCCGUUGCUCAACUAUGACGAUGUCAAGGAGGUGGUUCAAGCCCGAGAUGACCAGUUUAACAACCCUUACACCAAGGACGGGCAAGCAAUGCUCGUCCACAACGCGAGGACUUACUGGCCAGAUAAACGAAGCCGAGUCGCCCCUCCGCAUCGUCUCCUCGACAAGGCUCACGGUCCCUUGAUCGCUGUUCAGAUGAACCUUCUCACCCGCAAGACACUCGGUGGUAUUGAGACGAAUCUUGACAGCAAUGUCAUGAGGGAAGAUGGAAGCCCUUUCCCGGGUCUGUAUGCUGCUGGGGAGGUUGCAGGGUUCGGCGGUGGCGGUGUUCAUGGAUACAGUUCUCUCGAGGGAACAUUUGUUGGUGGAUGCAUCUUCUCAGGCCGUGCAGCUGGAAGAGCCAUUGCUCGCGAACUCUUGGGUGAUGAAGCAUCAUCUGGCGCAACAGGAAGCAGCAAGUUCAACUCACGCCUGUAA